AUGGCUCAAAAGACUACCCUCAAGGAGUUUGAAGCCGUCUACCCCAAGCUGGAAGAGGCCCUCCUCGACCAUGCUCGAUCAUACAAGCUGCCCGAGAAGGAGCUGAACUGGUUCAAGAAGAACCUCGAAGUCAACCCCCUCGGCGGCAAAUGCAACCGCGGCAUGUCCGUCCCCGACUCCGCCUCCGUCAUCCUCGGCCGCCCCCUGACCGAGGAGGAAUACUUCAAGGCGGCGACGCUGGGCUGGAUGACGGAGCUCCUGCAGGCCUUCUUCCUCGUCUCGGACGACAUCAUGGACAGCAGCAUCACGCGCCGCGGGCAGCCCUGCUGGUACCGCCAGGAGGGCGUCGGCAUGGUGGCCAUCAACGACGCCUUUUUGCUCGAGUCGGGCAUCUACAUCAUCCUCAAGAAGUUCUUCCGCGACCACCCGCGCUACAUCGACAUGGUCGAGCUCUUCCACGAGACGUCCUUCCAGACCGAGCUCGGCCAGCUCUGCGACCUGCUCACCGCCCCCGAGGACACGGUCAACCUCGACAACUUCUCCAUGGAAAAGUACACCUUCAUCGUCAUCUACAAGACCGCCUACUACUCCUUCUACCUCCCCGUGGCCCUCGCCCUCUACCUCCUCGACAUCGCCACCCCGCAGAACCUCCAGACCGCAAAGGACAUCCUCAUCCCCCUCGGCGAGUACUUCCAGAUCCAGGACGACUACCUCGACAACUUUGGCCUCCCCGAGCACAUUGGCAAGAUCGGCACCGAUAUCAAGGACAACAAGUGCUCAUGGCUCGUCAACCAGGCCCUCCAGAUCGUCACCCCCGAGCAGCGCAAGAUCCUCGAGGACAACUACGGCCAAAAGGACGACGCCAAGGAGCAGGCCAUCAAGCAGCUCUACAACGACCUCAAGCUCAAGGAGCGCUACGAGGAGUUUGAGGAGAAGCGCGCCGCCGAGCUCAAGGACCUCAUCAACAAGAUUGACGAGAGCCAGGGCCUCAAGAAGGAGGUCUUUGAGGUGUUCCUGGGCAAGAUCUACAAGCGAAGCAAAUAAGCGAUUUAUCUUUUCCUCUAAACUGUCAAU